AUGCGUCAGUAUGUUUCGGCGGUUGGAGUUUGGAUUGAAAUUUUCUGCUUCUCUGACAAGUGUGAAGGUCAAGGAAAGCGAUUGUGCACGUAUUCGGAGCUCUGCCAAAAGAAGGGCCAGCGGCCGGUGGGAGGCCUUCAGUCCACGUCGGAUGCCUGGUGCCCCAUCCUGGAAGAUGACAUGGUGACCCCCAACUACGUGCAAGUCGGUGCAACGCUGCAUCAUCCGACUUGCAAGAAGCUGACGGAGGCCCACAGGCUGGACGCGGUGUCCUGGCCUUUCAGCGACGAGCGCGCGGACCUGCGGGAGGCCGGCUCCUCUGCUUUAGGGCUGGACCGGCCGCGGAUCGCGGUGGCGAGGGAAGGACUUGACCUGGCGCCAUCAGAGUUCACGGGACCGGUUGCGCCCUGGAUCCAAGCUGGGCUUGGUACGCUUGGUAGAGGCGAGGACCAGGAGGACGAUCUGGGGGAAACCAUGGCAGAAUGGUCAGGCCCCGGCACGGACCCGGUGCGUGGAGUAGCUACAGCCCGAGAUCCUCCUUUUGGGAGGACGCAGGAUGUCAACACUGGCAAUUCCAACGAGUUGAUCUUGUCCGAGCCAGCUCUGGUGCUGCGCGCGGAUCGCUGGUCCGCCGUGCCCUUGGGUGGCUGGACGAACACCGGGGACGUCGGGUACUACCUUGGUAGCCGUGCCGGGAAGGUGCGGAUAUACUGGAAGUUCCUGGACAUGGGGAAGCACAUCAUCGACAACUACUCAGGCAUGUACCUGGUGAGCAGCGCUGCGCUGCCUUCCUGCGUGGGUGCGGAGGGUGCAAAGAUUCCGCAGGGCUUCGUCUGGCCCGAGAAGUAUCCGAGCAAAGCCGCCGCCACCAUCGAAGAGGUUUGGGAGAAUAACCGGAAGGGCAUCUAUGGUCGCAAAGUGCAGGGCAUGAAGUUUGCGGCGCUCACCCUCAAGGAGUCGCAAGACAAUGGAGGAGACUACUACAUCCUCUUCAGCAAUCGGCCACCGAGUGAACAACCCUUGCCGUCAAGCGACUGCUCUGCCGGCGCCGCCUUAAAGUAUGGCAUCAAGCCGAAAUCUAAAGUCAGGAAACAGGGUCAGUUUGCGACGACCUGGAAGAGCUCGGGAACGACCUGGAAGGUGUACACGGGAGUUGACCUUUGGGAGCAAUUCGGCAGCGCAAACUCCAAGUGCCUGGAAGAGACGCCUCAGACCACAACAGAGGUUGCCGACCAGUCAGAAUGCCAGAUGCAGGCCGUGGCCAAGAACCACCGCUACUACCAGCUGCUUCACAAUACGAAAGGCAUGUCGAAGUGCGUGACGUCCAGCAGCUGCGAGGCGCCAAUGACAGGCACCGUGGCGGCCUGGAAAGUCUUCGCCAAGGAUGGGCCCUGGAAGCGCUUUGGCUCCGGGAGCCGCUGCAGUGCCAUGCCUGUCCUCGACUACAGAGGAGCCGGGCAUUGCACCAACGGUCUCGUGUAUUCUUCCAAAGCCUGGGAGCUGGCAGACAGCAAGUGGGGUCGAAAGGAGUUCCACACGGAUCAGUACAAGGCAUGGAUGAAAACUGCAUGGGCCAAGUGCUUGUCGAGGGACCCGAAGACCACCUUCGUCAGUGUUUGGACAGAUGCUGGUUACAGGUGCUUCAAGACCUUGGACUGCAAACCGAACGGAGCCACAGGGGCUAGGACUUGGUCAGCGGCCGGCCUGGGCAAGGCCUCGGUGCACCUGCGAGUGUCGGGGGGCGUCACCGGCGAGAAGGCCUUCCUAAACACCGUGCCUGCGGGCACCAAGGUGGACUUGUCCACGAAGGCAGAAGCACGCACGAGCACGCACACGCCCGCGCGAGUGUGUUCUGCGACCUCGCGACCUCGCGGCCCUUGGAAGGAUGACUUCAGCGGCCGGCAGCGCUGGACCAUCACUCGAGGGAGCGGAGACUGGUACAACAUCCGAUCACUGGGUGGCCCGAAGGGCCGUGUGUUUCUCAGUGUCAGCGCCAGCGGUGACAAGGUCAGUCUAGCCCCACGGGACGAUGGCAGCGGUCGUCAGAGGUGGAGAAUCAGGCAUGGCAGUGGAGAUUGGUAUCGCAUCUCGAUUGCUGGCGGUGUGGGCGGCAAGCGGCGUUUUCUCAGCACGACGGCACGUGGUGAUGCCGUGGACCUCCACGUGGCAGACGACGGCAGUGGACGGCAAAGGUGGCUUGUUGGUUUCGAGGCAGAUGCCGAACGACUUACUUCUUGGGCGGAGCACAACUUCAACGAUCGUGGGAAUACGCAGCUGGUGCAGCACCAGACCUAUACAUAUCGUUUAAGCACGGGCUAUCCUUGUAUGCUCACCGGCUGGACUCACACGCGAACGUAUGCUCGGGGCUUUCUGCGAGCUGUGACCGGGACUGCGACGGCCACGGUGAAGGAUCUGGAGCCGGGUGGAUUUUACGUCUGGAGGAUCUACCAGUUCGCCAGCUUUGGUGCAGGCACGAACGGACUCUCCGUCAACGGCGUGAAAGAAGGCAGCACAACGUCGCUGUCGCUGACAGACUCUGCUGCAAGCAAGUUGGGCAUGACGCGGGCAGACAUGCAGGGCCGCAUCUCCUUCUCCUUCAUUCGCUCGUCGACCCACGUGCAGCUCUCCGGCCUGACCGUGAAGCGCUUCGACGAGGCGCUGGACGAGCAUCUGACCUCCCUGGAAGAGAAUCACUUCAACACUCGCGGCGAUUCCAGCCUGAACGAGAAAAGUGUCUACUCCUACGUGUUGGCUCACGGCUACAAGUGCGACCUAACCGGUUGGACUCACACGAGAAAAUAUGCACACGGCUUCUUGCGGAACAAGCCUGGCGACGGCAAAGCUACAGUUUCAGGACUGGAACCGGGCGCCGAGUAUGCUUUCAAGAUUUACCAGUACGCAGCCCAGUUUGCUGGAAAUAGCGAAAUCGUGGUGAACGGUGACUCCAAAGGGCUUGCCGCCGCCUCGAAGUCGGCAGAAGCGACGAAGCUGGGUCUGGCCCAAGCAGAUGGCGACGGCAGAAUUCACUUUGCCUUCAAGCGGAUCUCGCCUCACGUGCAUCUGUCCGGAUUGGCCAUCAGUCGAAUUUACAGCCCGCCGGUGAGGGUCUCCGCCGUGGGAACCUUGGAUCUCUGUCAGGAGAUCUGUCUGCGGAGACCCUCAUGCACUGGUUUCGAGCUCCGGAGUCAAAAAUGCGCUUUGUGGAGCGCACCCCUUCGUGCGACCAGCGGGAGCUCCGAAGCCUCCGAGUGCGUCUCUCUGCUGCCGGAGUUCGUUUACCCUCGCCGACACACAGGGCGGGGAGGCGACAACAAGCGCUGGCGACGGGGUCCAGGUGGCCCGAAGGGUACGGAUUUCGGCAACGGGGAGUCGCAGUACACAGCUGGCCCCUACGAAUUCCUCUCCGUGGAGACGCGCCGCCUUUGCGAGAGGAGCUGCAGCGAGCGCAGUUGGUGCGCCGGCUACGCCUUCAAGCACUCGAAGUCACAAGGCAGACUGCCUGACUGGCAGGUGGGGGCCUGCCAACUGGUCGGGCGGCGCGUUGCGACGGCAACGCGGGUCCCCCAAGUGGCCUCCUUCGGGAAGGCCGGCCUUUGGCAGAGUCACGGUCCCAGCAAGUGCCAGCUGCCGCCCAAGAUGCUCUUCAAGGAGGAGGGCCACUGCACCAAAGGUCAGGUUUACAGCUCCCAUGCCUGGGAGCUGUCUGCGCCUGUGGGCCCCAAAGGCUUUGCUUCCCCCGAGUAUUCGUCAUGGCUCUCAUUAGCAUGGAGGAGGUGUCAAACACGAGAUCGGGACACGGCCUUUGUGAGCGUCUGGACAGAUGCAGGAUACAGGUGCUACAAGUCCGCUUCUUGCAGCGUCCACGCCGACGGUCGUGCCAGGUCCUGGAGCGCAGUUGGCCCAGAGAAGCUGUCGUCCCUGAAAGAACAGAACUUUAAUGAUCGCGGGCAGAGGACCCUGAAUAUGAGAAAAACCUACACGUACAAGCUCAGCAAUGGCUUCACGUGCACCUUGAGAGGAUGGACUCACACAAGGAGCUAUGCCAAGGGCUUCCUGCGAAACAAGCCUGGGUCGGGCUCCGCGCCAUCCCCGGGAGAAGUCUCGUCAAAGUGGGAGAAGAUUCCUCCGUCUGACUGUGAGGCCAUCGUCUCCGGACUGCAGCCGGGAGAGCAGUACGUGUGGCAGCUCUACCAGUACGCCGCGCUCUUCGCUGGCAAGAACGCCGUGCGCGUGAACGGCCUCGACCAAGGCCUUGCGGAGCAGGGGAAGAGCGAGGAGCCGACGCUGCUGGGCAUGGCCAAAGCCGACUCCAAGGGCCAAGUCGUCUUCGCGUUCACGCGGAACGCCAAGCACGUGCACCUCUCCGGCCUGGCCAUCCGACACCUCAACGAGGCACGGACGGAGCGCCUGUCCUCGCUGACACAGAACUCAUUUCACAUGCGGCGGCGAGGAAAUCGGAAUCUUGACAGAAACAACGGUUACGUUUACAAGCUCAGCAACGGCUACAACUGCGAGCUCAAGGGCUGGACUCACAGCCGAGACUAUGCAAGAGGUGUCCUUCGCAACGUGGUCGGCAAAGCGACUGCCGUGGUCUCUGGCUUGGAGCCAGGAGCUCUUUACUCGUGGAAGGUGUAUCAGUUCGCCUCACAGUUCGGCGGCUCCAACGGGCUCUCCGUGAACGGCGAGUUCAUGGGUCUGACCGUGGCAUCGCGUCGCACAGAUGCCACCAAGACCGGGGCCCAUCGAGCCAGCGCUCACGGAAGGAUCACUUUCGAGUUUCAGAGGAGGUCGGCUCACGUCCAUCUAUCUGGGAUUGCCUUAGGCAAGGUCUAUGAGGCUGGCGAUGAGUAUCUGUCCUCAGUCGACGAAAACAACUUCGAUGACCGCGGCAACGUCAACUUGAACUCGGCGGCCGCAUACGCCUACAAGCUGAGUAAUGGCUACCCCUGUACACUGAGAGGAUGGACCCACAGCAGGUACUACGCAAAAGGUUUCGUUCGAAACCAAGCAGGCAGCGCCACAGCGGUGGUGUCUGGCUUGGAGCCUGGGAAGUUAUACGCUUGGAAAAUCUACCAAUAUGCUGCUGCGUACGGGGGUAGGAACAAACUGCGGGUGAAUGGCGGCAACUUCGUGUGGACCACGUCGUCCAAGAGCGACGCGCCAACUCGAACGGGCUUGACGAAGGCGAAGCCUUCUGGCGAGAUCUCUUUCGAGUUCGUCCGCCAAGCGCACCACGUGCACUUGUCCGGCGUGGCCAUUGGCAGAGUGCGAGAGGUCGAGUCACCCGACCUCCAGGAGCUGACCUCCAACAGUUUGGAUGCCUGCAAGCGAAGCUGCGAGAAGAAGGCGGGUUGCCAAGGAGUCCAAUAUGACUCGCCCAAGAAGCGCUGCAGCUUGUGGUCAAGUCCCUUCGAGUCGGUUCCAGCGGUGGGAGAUGGAGUCGAAUGCCUCUCUUGGCGGCGGCUGUAA